GGAAAUUGAACUGUAGCUCACACACAAGCCACAGAAACUGACCUGAAACCAAAGACACACAUGUUGUAUAGCAUCCAUGGAGAACAAAUGGGAUGCACACCAGCAACAGGAACCUUGCUCAGAUAACAACCUUGUAUUUAUUUGCAAGUUACCAGUCAGGGAAGGUAUCCAGUUACUGGACAGCCAGGAGCCCGUUCAGAUCAAGCUCCCAGCGCAAUGCAGCGUCCACCAGCUUCGUGUGCGUCUGUGUAUGGUAGCACAGGAGAAUAAUAGACUUUCAGAGCCAUUUGCACUUCUGGACCCAGAACGAUACAGUCUGUUGUACCACAAGGAGGAGGAGUGGUAUGAAAUUUAUGACGACUAUCAGGUAUUGAAAACUCUGGAUGCACCCUGGUUUAAGGGUGUUGAUGGUCUUCAGACUGUCUGUGUCACUGUGCUGGCUCAGAAAACCACCUCUAAGGAGAGAAUUCACUUCCAGGGCAUUCUGAACGAGCUAACCGGCUAUGAUUUGGACUCCUCAGACACUAAUCGUUUAAGUGAGCUAGGCUAUACCCGAAGAAAGUUUGCCACACCAAGAAGGGAAGAACUGAAAAAGCGGGAUCCAAUAGCUUAUGCCACUGAACCGUGGAUAACUUCCACAGUGCUUCCAAAUGACCAGCAAGGUUACCUUCAUUCAAAACUCUCAGUGACUCUUUAUUAUAAUAGUUCAGUCCUUUCCAUUAAAGCUGACGUGACACAUACCACCAGUGAUCUCCUCAAAAUCUUCUGGGAAUCAUUGCCAAAGGAGGACCUGUCAUUCGAAGGAUGGUCGGUUGAUUAUGUGCUCAAGGUAUGUGGCAGGGAGGAAUUCUUGAGUGAAGACUUCCAGCUUUCUGACUAUCUGUGGGUCAGACACUGCCUUGAAAACAUGCUGGAGCUUCAUCUCUCAGUGGUUGCCGUCUCAUCCCUUCCAGAUAACACAGUAGGUAGAGAGUACUGGCCACUGGUGGACAGUCUCACUGGUCUCUCAAGCUCCCACAAGGAGCUUUCCAUUAAAGAGAAGAAAGUAGAGGACAUUGUGAUGAUUUCCCUCUGGGACUGUGAGAGAAAGUUCAGGGUUAAACUCCUAGGGUUUGAUAUCCCAGAACUCCCAAGUAAGGUACCACCACUUGUCCAAGUGGAAGCCACCAUAAUCUACGGUAGAAAGACUGUGUCGUCGGUUUGUUCGACUUCAAAAGAGUUUACAGAUGAAGUGCUGUGGAACACCUGGCUGGAAUUUGACAUUCUGAUCAGGGAUAUCCCUCACGGAGCUAAAUUAGGCCUCACAAUUAAUGCCAGUACUGUUGAAGGCAUGUCAACCAAGGACACAAAGUCGAACUCCUCUAAAGCGUCAGAUUACCAGAAAGGAAAAGGGCAAGUAUUAUACUUUGUAAACCUCCAGCUGAUUGACCACAGAUCCCUUCUUAGCCAAGGUCCACACACUCUGCACAUGUGGACUUUCCCAGAAUGGGAUGAGGAGGCAUUCACUUUCGAAGCAGAAAAACUGUCUACAGCCACAAACCCUGAUGUAGCCAAAGCAAUGGCAAUUACCUUUAUGCUGGAUCGCUACAGCUUUCCCAUUGUCCUGCCACAUGCCAAAAGCUCUUCUGGUAGUGGUACAUCUCCUAUUUCUGAUUCUUCUUCACUGGACCUUACUGGAGAAUCCAGACUCUCCUCACCAUCCAGUGAGGCUUCUCCAACAACACCUUUCACAAGGACAGAUUGCCUCAGAAGGUUUAAAGAAGAAAGUGUCCACUAUGCCUCAAAUUUACCACAUUUUCUUCGCACGAUCGACUGGAUGAUGCCAACUGCGGUCCAGGAUGUCCAUUGGCUAUUGAGUCACUGGGGACCAGAGGAUAUAGAGCUGUCUGUGGCCCUUGAGCUUCUGAGUGUGGAUUUUGCAGAUCUGAAGGUCAGAAGAUUGGCAGUUCAAAGAUUAGAGAUCCUAUCCAAUGAUGAAGUACUUAAGUACCUGCUGCAGCUGGUUCAGACCCUUAAAGUCGAACCAUAUCAUGAUAACUGUUUGGCAAGAUUCCUUCUCAAAAGAGCACUACGGAGCAAGCGGAUCGGACACUUCUUUUUCUGGUAUUUGCGGAGUGAGGUGGCAGGUUGCCCAUUUUUUCGCCAGCGUAUGGCGGUCAUACUGGAGGCAUAUCUUUUGGGCUGUGGAGAGGCAAUGCUGACUGAAUUCCAGAGUCAAGUACAAGUCGUCACUUGCCUGCACGACGUGGCUCUAACAGUGAAGGUGCUCUACCCUGAUAGAACAGAUCUUCCAUCAACAGCUCCUCAGAAGCUGCAGGAGUUAUUGGAAGAAUGCAAUUUACCCUCUGACUUCCAGGUGCCUUUUGAUCCCCGUGUCAGAGCAGGAAGUAUCAUACUGAAAGACUGUAAAGUGAUGGCCUCUAAGAAAAAGCCACUCUGGCUUGAGUUCUCCUGCGUACAGUCAGAAGCUCCAGCCUCUCCUCCUGUCGGCAUCAUCUUUAAGCAUGGAGAUGACCUCCGACAGGACAUGCUUAUCAUCCAGACGCUAAUGGUCAUGGACUCAAUUUGGAAAGAAAUAGGUUUAGACUUGAACCUGGUGCCCUAUGGCUGCAUUUCAACAGGACAUAACAUAGGAAUGAUUGAGAUUGUGCGGAAUGCGAUCACUAUUGCCUCAGUUCAGAGGAGUCAGGGAGGUGUGGCGGGAGCUUUCAAAAACAAUGCCUUAUAUGACUGGCUUCAGAGGAAGUGCCCAUUCCAGGAAAAACACUUUCAAUCUAUGGAGAAGUUUGUGAACUCGUGUGCCGGUUACUGUGUGGCUACAUACGUGCUGGGUAUCGGUGACCGCCACAAUGACAACAUUAUGAUCACUGAACAAGGGAACUUGUUCCACAUUGAUUUUGGGCACAUCUUGGGCAACACUAAGAGCUUCCUGGGGGUGAACAGAGAAAGGGUGCCCUUUGUCCUCACCCCUGACUUCCUUUACGUUAUGGGCAGGGUGAAAGGCCGUCCCAGCCUCUACUUCCAGAGAUUUAGGGACACCUGUAUCAAUGCCUACCUGUCCCUCCGGGCUCAGUCUCGCCUUCUUGUCACGCUCUUCUCUCUAAUGCUACUCACGGGAAUCCCUGAGCUCAGCAUGUCACAGGAUAUGCUCUACCUGCGAACUGCACUGCAGCAGGAUCAGGGGGAGGAAGAAGCUCGGAAUCACUUCCUGCAGCAGAUUGCCCUAUGCGAGCAGAAAGGUUGGACUGUUCAGGCAAACUGGUGGUUUCACAUGAUGGCGGGCAUUAAAUAGAAAACAUAUGGAAUCUAUGUACCUUUUUGACAAUUACUGUAGCAAAGGGAAUGUCUGUUCAUGCUACAAUUCCUAGACGUCAAAAAGUUUGAGAACCAAACAGUUUGAAGAUCAUCAUUUACUCACCCUUAUAUCAUUCCUAACUUGACAUUCUGAUUUCCUUUGCUAAGUAGAAUACAAAAGGAGAUGUUUGUCAGAAUAUUCAUGCUGCUCUAUGCAACAAAAGUGACCAGGGGCUGACAAAAAGCCUAAAAUCCUAAAAGGACCAAAAAGCAGCAUUAAAGUACCACAGAAGCGGUCCAUUUUAAGUCUUCUGAAGCCAUACAAUAUCUUUAUGUAAAUAAUAAACAAAAACUAAAUUAUUGCUUACUGAUUUUUUCUUCUUCUCUGUAAACCUCAAAUCUCAUUUAUGCCUUUUAAACGUGCAAAUUCAAAUUUUGAAUUUUAAAUUUUGGCUGAA